GAAAGGUCGCUUCUCGCUUGUUUUAUAUUUAUAUAUAUAUAUAUAUAGAUACUACGAGUUAUAGAACAGAUAAAAAAAUUAUAAAGGCGUUUUCAUUCAAAGAAGUGUAUUAUCCAUAUAUAUAAGAAGAAAAAGCAAAAGGCACGCGUCUUGAACACGACGAUACGGACCCCCACUCCUGUUCAUCUCGUCAACAAAACGAGUUGGUCUGUAUAAAAACAUUUUUAGACUAAUUUUAUUUGGUUUAUGAAAAAUAACAACUUUUUAAAGUUAAGUGAUAUUCAUGUUUGAGCCUUAUUUUUAAUGUGAAUGUUGCGUGUUUGAGAUAAACGUUAAUUGACAUUGUAAGAAGUGACCUUAAACGAAUUAAGUUCGUUACAAAACCGGAUCAAGAAACGGGCAAAAGAACUCUUCUGUGUAAUACAUUCUACAAGCUCAAAACAAAACCAAGUUCGUCCAUAUUAUCUUAAAAAGAGUCCGCGCUGCAUGUUACUCAAGUGAUCCAAUAUUGUGAAGUGACGUAAGUGUUGUGAGUUACCAAGUUAUGGUUAAACUGAAGUGUUAAUAUAGGGAUAUACACGGUUUUAAGUAUCAAAAUUACAGUGAAUUUCAUUCCUAUUCGCAAAAUUCCUUCGUGGAUUGCACAGCAAUGAACACGCGUAUAUAGGUGCUGUCAGUGUUACGUCAAGAUGUUGUCAGCGCAGCAACACUUGUUGAGGGCAAGUCCCUGCUCCGACGCCGCCCCCAACUCGCGACAAGUCGUCACUAUAACGGCCAGCACCGCAGCAAGCGUCGCGGCUGCAGCAGCGGCGGCAAUCAGCGGCGAAAGGGCGUCUUUAAUCGGGACAUCUAGCGACGCAGAUAAGACGGAGAUAAACGAGGCCGUUACAAAGGUUCUGGAAGGCUAUGACUGGACGCUGGUACCCAUCGCUACGAAAGCGUCGUCCGAUAAACGCAAGCUGCACGUCAAGCGACCCAUGAACGCCUUCAUGGUGUGGGCGCAGGCGGCGAGGAGGAAACUGGCCGACCAGUACCCGCAGCUGCAUAACGCCGAGCUCAGCAAGACGCUGGGCAAACUCUGGAGGCUGUUGAGCGACGAGGACAAGAGGCCCUUCGUGGACGAGGCGGACCGUCUGCGCAUGAUCCACAAGAGGGAACACCCCGAUUACAAAUACCAGCCGAGACGUCGGAAGGGUUUGAAAGGGGGUUCGGGCGGCCCGGCUGGCCCCACAGGGAGCACGUCACCCCACAGACAACUUCAGGCGCAGUCGCCACAACAACAGACGCACGGCGUCGUGUUCAGGAACAGGUGUAAGCAGGAAGACGGUAAUCUCAGCGGUGGAAAGUCCUCUCCACAGACCCUCGCAUCAGGGUCCCCGAACAGCGCACACGGGCCCCCUACACCCCCUACGACCCCUAACGGCGGCGGUGACAAAAGGACAGGCACAACCUCUUCUGUCCCGCAUCACCUCAGCCCCAGUGGAUCGACAGAACACCACUCCAACCACCAUAGUCAUCACUCCCAGCAAAGCAUUGACUUCAGCAGAAUAGACAUGGAUGAACUAACGUGCGGCGGUGAUCCGAUGAUGAUACAAGAAGAUGAAGCUCUAGUAGAUGGGUCCGAGCUCGACCAGUACCUUCCACCCGGUGCGCAACAAUCACAUUACCUGUAUCCCAAUUCGCUACCCCCAUCCCACCCUCUGUGGACCAUCCACAAACCCCCCAGUGAAGACCCUUCCGGUGAAACUCAAGAAUCCAACAACAACAACCACAUGAAGCAUAAUAAACGGUGCAACGAGACAACCCAUACAACCUUGGAGUAUGCUUACAAUACCUCUGAUGAUCCCCUGUCUCUGCCACCACCAGCCUUACUCAGAUACCAUGAGCUUCAGCCCUCGUCAGGCCUUAUCAAAACCGAGAGAGAUGUAUAUCAUCAGGGUGUGCCAACUACUGUGUCUGGUUCUUCGCCACCACCGACUUUAUCGUAUCACCAAAGUUUUCCCCUGGUUCCAACACCAAAUUAUUACACUACGGGAAGUGGUAACUCCACUGUGAGUGCCCCACACGGUCAGUAUCUGCAAUCACUACCAAGUUACCAACAAUAUUUCCAGCAGAGAGGAGCAACAGUUUUUGGGAAUUCAGCUGAUACGGCAUGGUCAAAUUACUCGUACGUGUGACACGAAUUGUUGGAAAGUUGAUGCAGUUGUGUCAAGUGUCAACUGAAGUUGUCAGUGUUUGAGACAUACAAGGUGUCGUGUCAAGUGAAGUGUCGACUUUGCGACAGACAGGAUGAAGUGACAAUUGGUGUCAGAUCUUUUGGACAAAGUCUUGUUCAGAACUUCUAAAGCAGAGACAACCUUUACACACUAUUUGUACUAUUAGCAUAGAGAUUAAAAAGAAAAUGUAUACCAGAUUCUACAGACAUUAUUAGGACAGUAAAUGACCUUACCAAAAUAUCUGAAACUAAACAAGCAAUUAACAAAUGAGUCAGAUUAACACAGUAGAGAUAUUUCAGUCAGUUUGUAGCGUUCUCAUUUGCUAUGACGUGGCGUGCCUAUGAAGCAGUGGAAGGCAACCUCAUAUACAUAAAACAAUACAUACAUAUAACGUAUACCAUUUAUACAUAAUAUUUUAUAGCCUUAAUUCUGUACAGUGUCUUGUAGACAGUUCAUGUGUCAAGCGACCUUUUUCUGUAUCUAUAUACAGUAUCUGCAUUCCAGUUCAAUAUUAUAUUUUAUUUUUAAAUGAAACGUUUAUUUUGAAUCAAAGACAGUUGGAAUAUGUUGUCUGCAUGCCUGCAUGUGGGAAAAUCGGAGAACUUACUUCCAAGUCUGUACAAGUUGCGGCAAUGUUAACGCGCGCCUAAAACAAGAUGGCGUGCUCUACCGGGGUGGUCUAAAGUGUAUGUGUUAAGUACACAAAUUGCAUCAUGAGACUCCACAAGCAGAAGUGUACCACUUGAAAAACAAACUGUAGGGCCUCUUAAAUAGUCUUUUUCUCUUUUAACAUAUACUUGCAGUUAAAACAUAACACAACCCUCACUUAUUCCGUAUUUUUUCAGUUUUUAAUGAAAGUUAUUUUAGGUGCAAGAAGAAACUUUCCAUAAGGAUCAAAUAUAAGUUAUGUUUGUUUUAAAGUGAACGUAUAUACUUUUCUGAUGACUGCGAUGUGGUGAUGGAUCAGAGUACUCAAGGCUACUUCAAAGCAUUACUUUCGUGUAUUAGCUUCUGCCAGAAACGUAUGGAGAAUUCCAGGAUUCUCACUCUUUAACAUCUAAACCUCUCCUAAGAUUACUUCCUUCUAGGACGUGGCGCCGUGUAGUCUGGUAGAGCUUAGCCCUUAAUAUGAAGGCAGCAGUUUCUUCCAAGACGUCGGUACCUAUAUACCAGAAUACACGGCGUCACGUCCCAGAAGACGGUCACCACUGCGAGAGCCUCAAAUUUCGUGUAUUUCGAAUGUCUGUAAUAAAAUAUUAAUUCCACCCUGCAUGUCGACCGAAACAUCACCAUCUUCAGGGGUAUUUACUUACUGCUGACGCUGUUGAAUGUUUCACGAUACAUGAAUGCAGUAAAAUUAAAAUGUAGAUUUAAAAGAAGACUCGUCGCGGUAGUGGUGUCAGAUAUUUGAUUCAUGGUGGUAAAAUUGUGAUCGAUUUGUAUUAUCAAGUUCAUACCAACAUUCUUCACAUCCAUACUUCUUGCAUCCUGUUGUGUGUACUUCCUACAUCCUUUUGUGUAUUUCUUGCAUCCUAUUGUGUGUACUUCCUACAUCCUGUGUUACUUCUUGCAUCCUGUUGUGUGUACUUCCUACAUCCUGUUUUACUUCUUGACUGUUUUACUUGCAUCCUAUUGUGUGUACUUCCUACAUCCUGUUUUACUUCUUGCAUCCUGUUGUGAGUACUUGUAUACUGUUGUGUAUACUUCCUACUUCCUGUUUUACUUCUUGCAUGCUGUUGUGUGUACUUCCUACAUCUUGUUGUAUUUCUUGACUGUUUUACUUGCAUCCUAUUGUGUGCACUUCCUACAUCCUGUUUUACUUCUUGCAUGCUGUUGUGAGUACUUCUUGCAUCCUGUUUUGUGUUGGAAUUAAUUUCGUGCUGACAUAAAAGUAAACAUAAUUCCUGUAGCUUGUGUUGACGGUUACUGCAGUACCGGGUUAAUAAUACCUCCUGCGAUGUAACACCAUAUACGUAGUUCGGUCAAAGUUUACGUGCUUUGCGGAGGCACGUACUGCUUACAUCUUCAGGGUGUGAGAGCAAGUCUUGCAAGCAACAAACUGAUUAUGAUUACGGCUUGCAUGGCUUAUACUUGAUUACGAAGAAAGAGGCAUACGUUCAAAUACCUUCAAAUGGAGUGUACGGUGUCAUAUCACCAUUAAUGACGCAACAGCCGAACCUGAGCUCUGCGCUCUCUAAAGACGUUUCGCCAACUGAUGAUUCAUAACAGCAUUCUUCGGAACUCUUGAUACCCGCGUUUUCUGUGAGGUACGAACUGAAUAUUUAUAUAUUACGGAAACCAUACGUCAGUUUACAUCCGGAUGGUCUUCCCACCGGCCAACUCCAAGAUUUUCCUUGAUUUUCCUCGGUCCUAGGGAAAAUACCGAGUUCUUGUCCAAAUUCCACGUUGCACUGCUUGCUUCACAUGUAGCUCCCAAUGGUAACAACAAAAUUUCGUUCUAAUGCAGCCCUUCCAACAUUAAUAUAAAAAAAUCCGAUCAUACGCAAUAAAGACCCUGCCCAACUUCCUCUGCUCAUAACAAAGUCCACUUCUUAAACAUCUAGCUUCUUCACUUCCCAACGCCUUACCCUAACUCAGAAGUACCCCCACCAGGAAAACGAAUGUGCACUGACUAGGCACCUUCAGACAAGGAACACUUUUCUAUACCCCUCCUGCAAAUAUGUGU